UCCUCUCUGCACAGGGUCAGUCUGGAGUGGUAGCAGCUGGCACGAGCCAUCCCAGCCCCGGUCCUCACCCCCCGCCUGGAAGAUGCCUGAGCAGAGCAAUGACUACCGAGUGGUGGUGUUCGGAGCAGGUGGUGUGGGCAAGAGCUCGCUGGUGCUGCGCUUCGUGAAGGGCACCUUCCGGGACACCUACAUCCCCACCAUUGAGGACACCUACCGGCAGGUGAUCAGUUGUGACAAGAGCGUGUGCACACUGCAGAUCACCGACACCACGGGCAGCCACCAGUUCCCAGCCAUGCAGCGGCUGUCCAUCUCCAAGGGCCACGCCUUCAUCCUGGUCUUCUCUGUCACCAGCAAGCAGUCCCUGGAGGAGCUGGGGCCCAUCUACAAGCUCAUCGUGCAGAUCAAGGGCAGCGUGGAGGACAUCCCGGUCAUGCUGGUGGGCAACAAGUGUGACGAAACCCAGCGGGAAGUGGACACCCGCGAGGCCCAGGCCGUGGCGCAGGAGUGGAAGUGUGCCUUCAUGGAGACGUCGGCCAAGAUGAACUACAACGUCAAGGAGCUCUUCCAGGAGCUGCUCACGUUGGAGACGCGCCGGAACAUGAGCCUCAACAUCGACGGCAAGCGCUCCAGCAAGCAGAAGAGGACAGACCGCAUCAAGGGCAAAUGCACCCUCAUGUGAGCCCCAGACGCCACCCGACGGGCCGCUGUCCCGCCCCACGCUGCGCCCA